GUUCUUCUGAAAACGCCGAGUUAUGAGAGCAGUUGGCAGCACUGACCGCGUGUGACUGUUCUGCGAUAGCCACGGUGGGUGCCAUUCGAUUUGACACAGCGGUAGUAAGCGGUGUGAGGUGUUACACAGUGCUGCAUGUAGAUCGUUUGGAGCCUCAACCGAAUUAACAAGGCUGUGACACUGAUGGCAGAGUCGGAGAGCCUAGCAGGCGGCCAGGGCGCACCACUGGAGUCUGGGGAGGGAGCAGGCGCGGGGCAGGCCGCGGCACUGGUUGAGGGCUGGCUGGAGCAGCAGCUGGUGGCGCCAGGGACUGCUGCGGAGGAGUCCGUUGAGGAGCUGGCACGACAAUUCAGCAGCCUUUCCAGAGAGGAAGGCCGCAGGAGGCUCAUGGACGCAGCUGAGGAUUGGGACAUGGAGGAGAUCAUGGCGCUGGUGGCGGCAGGGGCAGAUGUAAGGGCUCGGGACGAGUGCGAGAGCACCGCUCUGCACAGGGCAGCGGAGAGUGGACACGUGGAAGCGGUGAAGUGCCUGCUGGAGGCUGGGGCAGAGGUCGACGCCAGGGACUGCAGACAAGUCACACCCCUGCACUUGGCUGCGUACGAGGGCAACACACCUGUGGUGCAGCUGCUGCUUGGGGCCUCAGCUGACCCCAACGCUAGAGAUCUUGAAGGGAGGACACCACUGCAUGAGGCAGCAAGAGGGCCAUGUAGACACUGCAACUGCACUGAUUGGGCAAACAGCAGGGACAGGGGUCCAAAGGGAGACAAUCCCCUUCAGUAUCGCCAGGUGGCAAAAUAGAGCAGGUAUGCUAACAUGAAAUCAGUGCAACAAAUGACGAAGAAAUUUGACAGUUUCUUUACACUUUUGAUAAGUUUUUAAUAAAGAAUGCAAAAUUUUGA